AUGUCAUCCAACAACAGCAGCGCCGCCACCGGCUGGAGCAACGCGGCGGCCGGCAUCGCCACCGUCCAACUGCUCCUCAUGUCGCUGUGCAACGGCCUCGUCCUGCUCCUCUUCUUCCGCUGCCGCCGGCUCUGGCACCCCUUCGACGCCUACCUCCUCAAUCUGCUCAUCUGCAACCUCCUGUACGCGGCCACGCCCUCCCUCCCCGGCCUCCUGACCGUCCUGCAGCCCCAGCGCUCCCUCCACCCCGUCGGCUGUUUCCUGUACCUCUUCGGGAUGUGGGUGGUCAGUCUGCUGCAGAUGUCGGCGCAGCCCCUCAUCGCCGUCGUCCGCCUGUGGGCGCUGACCUUUCCCGCUUCCUUCCGCCGCCGCCAUACAUGGAGGCAGGCGAUCAUCCUGUGCGGCGGCGCUUGGUGUGUCGCCUAUCUCCUAACUUUACCGGGAUUGAUCACCGAAUUUCUCCUGUACCGUUCCGCCGGCGCCGACAGCUGCGAGGUGUCACUAAGCGGUAGUGAGGGAACCGCGUGGAUGUUACUGAUCCAGUGCGCCAGUCUGCUGUGUCUGCUCAUCGUCCUACUGACCUACCCGGUGAUCUAUAUAAAGGAGCGCCGACGCCGCCGCCUUCGGACCGUGGCGCUGCCGACGGUUACCCUGGAAUCCGGGCCCAGUAGCAGUUAG